AUGGAGCCGCUGGCAACGACCUUUUGUCCUCUGGAAUCCACACAGUACACCGGAAACGAAUCCCUAAAUGAAACCACCUGGUCUUCAAAGCAAGUGGCUGACUAUAGUUAUAUUUCCGUCUCCCUGGUGAUCUGUAUGCUGGGCCUGACUGGGAACGGACUUUUGAUAUGGUUCCUCGUCUUCUGUGUCAAGAGGAAGCCAUUCACCAUCUACCUCCUGCAUCUCGCCAUUGCCGACUUCAUGGUUCUCCUCUGUUCAUCCGUCAUUCAGUUAGUGAACACCUUCCACAUCUAUGACGACACCUUACUGAGCUAUGCCAUCUUCCUCAUGAUCUUUGGCUACAACACAGGCCUACACCUCCUCACAGCCAUCAGCGUGGAGCGAUGCCUCUCAGUGCUUUACCCAAUCUGGUACCAGUGCCGGCGCCCAAAGCACCAGUCUGCCGUGGCCUGUGCGCUGCUGUGGGCCCUCUCUGUGCUCGUGUCUGGGUUGGAAAACUUCUUCUGCAUCCUGGAAGUGAAGCCCCGAUUCCCAGAAUGCCGUUACGUGUACAUAUUUUCCUGUAUCUUGACAUUCCUGGUCUUUGUGCCUCUCAUGGUCUUCUCCAAUCUAAUCCUCUUCAUCCAGGUCUGCUGCAACCUGAAGCCACGCCAACCCGCCAAGCUCUACGUGAUCAUCAUGGCCACGGUCAUCCUGUUUCUCGUCUUUGCCAUGCCCAUGAAGGUGUUGCUUAUCGUUGGCUACUAUUCCAACUCAACAGACAAGUCUGUCUGGAAAUCCCUCCCUUACCUGACCAUGCUGUCCACCAUCAACUGCAGCAUCAACCCAGUUGUCUACGUCGUGGUAGGCAGUCUGAGCAGGAAGAGGAGACGGAAGUCUCUUAAAGAAGCACUGCAGAAGGUCUUUGAGGAAAAGACAGCCGUGGGCUCCAGGGAGGAUGUUGCACAAUUUCCCCCUCUUUCGUGA